AAAAUUAUGUUGACAGCAAUGGGUUAAGGAUCAACUCACUGACCCCUCCUUUCCGCUACCCAAAUAGGGAGGAUGAGGACAGAAUAUCCAAUGGUGUCCGCCCUGAGGGAGGAGGGCAGGAAGGGACAAACAGAAGGGAAGAGGGGCAGGAUCAGCUCUUACCUUUCCCCAAGUUUCCAGACCGCGCCCUUCCUGCACUGCCUGAGCGCCUUCUGUUCCCGGCGCAACAUUUUCCUUCGCCGCGUGCGCGGGACGCGGGACGCGGGGCGCGGAGCACAGGACACUCUCAGCACAGGACACUCAGCACAGGGCUCGGCUCCGCAGCUUCAACACGGAGCGAGGAUGCGGGGACAGCGGGUGCUGCUUCUCGUCGGAUUCCUACUGCCUGGGCUCCUGCUUUCAGAGACCGCCAAAAUCCUAACUCUGUCCCUGAUGGGUGGAAGCCAUUUCCUACUGAUGGACCGGAUCUCUCAGAUUCUUCAAGACCACGGUCAUAAUGUCACCAUGUUUCUCCAGAGAGGAAAUUUAUUGCUGUCAGGUUUUAAAGAGGGUGAGAAAUCAUACAAUGUCAUUAACUGGCUUCUACCUGAAGAUUUUAACAAGGAAUUUAAAAAGUCCUUUGAUUUCUUUAUGGAAGAAACUUUGGGAGGCAGAAGCACAUUUGAGCACUAUUUCAAUAUUUUGGAACAACUAGGGCUUCAGUGCAGUCAUUUGCUCAGGAGACAUGAUAUCAUGAAUUCUUUAAAGAAUGAGAACUUUGACUUGGUGGUAGUUGAAACUUUUGACUACUGUCCUUUCCUGGUUGCUGAGAAGCUUGGGAGGCCAUUUGUGUCCUUUCUCCCUACCUCAUUUGGCACUGUGGACUUUGGGCCACCAAGCCCCCUGUCUUAUGUUCCCGUAUUCCAUUCCUUGUUAACUGACCGCAUGGACUUCUGGGGCCGAGUAAAGAAUUUCCUGAUGUUCUUUAAUUUCUGCAUGAGGCAACGGCGAAUCCACUCUGCCUUUGACAAGACCAUCAAGGAGCAUUUCCCGGAAGGCUCAAGGCCAGUUUUGUCUCAUCUCCUAAAGAAAGCAGAGCUGUGGUUUGUUAACUCCGACUUUGCCUUUGAAUUUGCUCGGCCCCUGCUUCCCAACACCGUGUAUGUUGGAGGCUUAUUGGCCAAACCUAUUAAACCAGUGCCACAGGAAUUUGAGAAUUUCAUCGCCAAGUUUGGAGACUCUGGUUUUGUCCUUGUGACCCUGGGCUCCAUGGUGAGUGUCAUUCAGUCCCAGGAAGUCCCCAAGGAGAUGAAUGCUGCCUUUGCUAGUCUCUCUCAAGGGGUGAUAUGGAAGUAUAAAGCUUCCCAUUGGCCCAAAGACAUCAAAUUGGCAGCAAAUGUGAAACUCGUGGACUGGCUUCCUCAGAAUGACCUCCUGGGUCACCCUCACAUCCGACUUUUUGUCACCCAUGGUGGGAUGAAUAGUGUCAUGGAGGCCAUCCAACAUGGUGUGCCCAUGGUGGGGAUUCCUAUCCUUGGAGACCAGUAUGAAAAUAUGCUCCGAGUUGAAGCCAGAAAUUUUGGAGUCUCUAUCCAGUUAAAACAGUUGAAGGCUGAGACACUAGCUCUAAAGAUGAAGCAAGUCAUGGAAGACAAGAGGUACAAAUCUGCUGUGGUGGCCGCCAGCAUCAUCAGGCGUUCCCACCCCCUGACCCCCGCCCAGCGGCUGGUGGGCUGGAUCGACCACAUCCUCCAGACAGGGGGUGCGGCGCACCUCAAGCCCCAUGCCCUCCAGCAGCCGUGGUAUGAGCAGUACCUGCUCGACGUCCUCUUGUUCCUGCUGGUGGCCACCCUGGGCACCGCGUGGCUCUGUGGGAAGCUGCUAGGCCUGGUGGCCAGGUGGCUGUGCGGGUCCAGGAAGCUGAAGAAGGCCUGAUGCCAAAUGCAGUCUUGGGGGCAUUGUUGGGGAGCCCCUGGCUCUCUGAAGGCCUCCCUCAGCACUGUCCACCCCUGGUGUCCUCCCCUCGCCUCUACUUACAGAUGGCACACCGACUGCUCUCCACUCUUUUCUGCCUCUGUUUAGAAAUCCUUAGGGUGAACCCGUACUGCUUUUGAAAAAAUUGUAGUUAAAUAUACAUCCCAUAACAUUUUCCUUUUUAACCAUUAAGUGACGGUUCAGUGGCAUUAAGUGCUUUCACACUGUUGUGCAACUAUCACUCCCAACUACGUCCGGAGCUUUUCUCAUUUUUUGAAACUAAAACUCUGCGCACAUUAAACAGUAACUCCCCAUUUCCCUACUGCCCCCCCCCGCCUUGAGCUUCUAGUCACCCGCGUCCUACUUCUGCGCCUUGGAGUCCGAUCUCGGGCUGCGGGUUUGCCCCGCCCAGCGGAGCCCCGCCCUCAGGCGCUGCCCCUUCCUACUCCCUCGCGGUCCCUGCGCGCAGCGCUCUGCUGGCUCCUCCUCCCUGUCCGGAAGGCUUCUCAGCCUCUUUCCCAGUUUCUCCUUCUUUCACUUUUCACGAAACUCACGUAAUUAUUUGGUCAGUUCUUCCACGUGGGCCUUCCUCUUGCAUCUCCUUUUCAUCCUACCUCACAGCUCAGGAUGCCCAGCUCCUGUCCUGCAGGUCGGCAGGGACAGCCCCUCCUAAGCCCCCAUCGUUGGUCUGUGCUCCGAGUCCCCUCCUGCACAGAGCACCCCCUUUGCUGGUCAGGCAGGAGCCUGCCUUUGGUCCACUGCUGACGGCGUUUGUGUCCCACUUUUCACACUUCCCUCCUCAAGAUUCCCGCUUGAAUGAGUGUGGUCACGGAGACCUAAGUGGAGGAAUGGAACCUGUGUGCAAGGAAGGCUUGGGGGCCUCAGGUCCGGUGGCUAUGGCCCUGCCAUGAACUCUUGAUUUACUAAACAUUCCAUCUGUCACACCCACGUAGUAGAGAACACCCCUACAUGGCAACCCCUUAGGGAUUACAUUCGGUUCACAGUAACAGAAACAAGAAAAAGUGCAGCUUAAACUGUAGGGUUUUGAACUGUCUGUUUGGUGUUUCUUUCUUCAGCAAAACCUGGUUGCAGCAAGGAGUGCUGGUUUAGUGGCUCUUUUAUGUUUACAGGUUUCUCUUUUCUCUCUCCCUCCAUGUAUGUGUAUAUUUACAAUUUUAUUAUUUUUUUUAAACUUUUGUUCUUUCUUCCUAAAUUCAAGCACAAAACUGUCUCUUUUGUAUAUGGCUUUCAUUGAAAUGUUUCAUCUUCAAAUGAUUAUAUUCUCAUAGUUGCUUCUUCUUUCUCAGGUGGAAUUAAAUUCCUCCCUAAAAUUUUGAA